AUGUCGGCGGCAACGGGUCUGCGCUUCGCACUCAACGAGAUCAGACAGUUCGUGUCUCCAUGGGUUCCCCUGACCAUUGUGGGUGUCCCCUGCUUCGCGAACGCUUACGGCAUGAUCAUGUUCAAGCAUCACAGUUUUUUCAACAACAAGCCAAACGAGAACGUGUCGAGGUUCGAAGGGGAAGCUAAGGGUGGAGACCACUAA